AUGUUUCGUACAUUACCACUUGUUCGUUUUUCUACUCAGUUGUCUCAGUUAGUACCUUGCGUUCGUGUAUCAAUAAGGCUUGUUAAUAAUUUCUCCCCUAUUACUAAGAGUAAGCACGCGAUAGAACAAAUGGAUUAUAUCAAGUCUGCUGUCUCAAGCGAUGAAAUAGAUUGGCCCACUGUGAGGAGUAAUACUUUGCAAAUACCUGGGUCAGUAAACGAGAAAAAUCUAGAUGCAAUAUUUCUAAAGGCCAUGAUCAAUGCAAAACAAUUUGAUGCUGCUCUUUCCUAUGUUGAAUAUUUAAAAAGAAUUAAUACUGAAUUUAAUUUGGGUUGUACUAAUUCAAUUCUUUUUCUAUUCUAUGAAAUAGGCAAGAUUAAUGAAUUAACUAUUGAACAAAAAUCGUUUAUAUUGAAUAGUUAUGAAAGCUUAUAUGAGAAAUAUAAGGUUUUGGACUCCAUGACAUGUGACCGCUUGCUUCAUGCUCUUUGUGUGAUACAUGAAUGGAAGAAAGCACUGAAAGUUUUGGAUGACUUAUGCUUGAGUUCUAGACCUUCUCACUCUUCAUAUAGUACCUUAGUAGCAACACUUUUUGAUAACAAUAAAAAGGGUGAAGCCUUAAAGCUCAUAGAAAGAAGUAUAUGUGAUAGUAGGCCACUACAAACUAUUGCAUAUUUAGCUUGGAUUAAUUAUAUUCUGAAAAAGUACAAGCAAAACCAAACCAAAUUAAAAUAUUUAGAAGAAAUAUUUUGGCAUAUUUUUGAUAACUCUGUGAUAAUCAAUGAAGAAACAGCCCAGAAGAUUCAAGAUGUUUAUACCUCCCUCGGGUGGAAUGCUAAUGUUACGAAGAUAGCAAAAGUAGACGGUCAAUGUUCCUACUGUCGUGAGAAAUUAGACUGUCUUAAAAUAGGGGAAGAGGAGUUUCUGACUUUACAAAAAAAUAUCAAGGAUAAACUAAUUGUGGGUUCUGAUCUGUUCCUUAAAACAACACCACAGGAGUUGGAUAAGUUUCUCAACUUCAUUCACAAAAUGGCACCGUUUGACAUUGUUUUAGAUGCACUGAACAUAGCUUAUGUGGCCCGAAAAGGUGCUUUUGAAAGAGUAAACCUAUUGAGUACUGUUGUCGAUUAUUUUACAAAUAGAAACAAAAAGAUUUUGCUGCUGGGAAGGAAACACAUGUUGUAUUGGCCGAAGAAAGUUAUGUCUGAUAUUAUGAGUAAAACAUGUUAUUUCUUCACUGAUGAUUUAACGCAAGAUGAUCCUUAUUUCAUAACAGCUGCUGUAUUAAGUGGUAUGAAUACAGAUAUAGUGUCCAAAGAUUUACUCAGGGGACACCGCUUUCUCUUGAAAGACAAGAAACUGGCUCUCGCCUUCAGAAGAUGGCAGUGGCAGCAUCAGUGGAUGGUGUUUAUUAAUAAUAGGAAGAAACUAAUAAUACAGCCGCCCUUGCAGUUUACCCCAUGUGCCCAGAAGAAAGACAACGCAUGGCAUCUACCAUUUGAGAAAGAAGAUGCUACGACUCAAAUGCACAUGAACGACGGCACUCCUGACCUUAAUAGCUGGCUUUGUUUGAGGCCGCCUGUUACUCAAUAA